UUUUGGUACGCUCGUGUCCUUGGUGUCUACCAUGCGAAGGUCUUUUGUGGCACUAGCGUGGGCCAGAAGCCGGAGCGCUUCGAGUUUCUUCAUGUCCGUUGGUUUGGCUGUGACCCCGAGUGGACCGGUGGCCCGGAAUCCUUGCAAUUGGACCGCAUUGGGUAUGUGCCAUUUGACGGACACAACAAGCAGGCAUCCCCAGCAUUUGGCUUUGUGGACCCUGGUGACGUGCUCCGUGCAUGUCAUCUAAUUCCCGCUUUUGCCGUAGGCAAGACACUGGAUCUAUUGCCACCCUCAUCCGCCAGAGAUUCCCGUGAAGGGGACUGGAUUAACUAUUAUGUGAUGCGGUUUGUUGACAGGGACAUGAUGAUGCGCUACCUUGGGAUUGGUAUUGGACACUCGAACCCAUCGGGCUUUCCUAACGAA